AUGCCUCUUUUGAAUCAGCAAUAUCGACACCUUACACUGCGCCAUGAGCAGCGUCUACGGAUAAACAAACCACCCACGCUAGCUGCUGGUUACGCCCAGUUCAGCUCAUACUACGUGCCGUCUCUGAAUGCUGGCAAGCACACAGCUACGCUCCCAGACGGUCGAAAUGGAGAUCCCAACCUGAUCGACAAAGACACUACGAAACCCCGGCAACGCAGGACUGUGAAUAUGCGACAACAGCAGCAUUUGCUAGCACCGCAGUAUAGCCUCCCCGAAGACGCAGUUGUGUCGGUUUUCCCCACCCCAGGUCACACUGCUCAACCUCUCACUCUUCCGCAUAUUGUGUUGAAGAAUCCGCAGUGUCCAUGGGAACGGGAAGUUGUUGACAGAGAUGCUCACGAUGCUGACUCUCUCAACUCUGUUCCAUGGCUUGCAUUGGUCGUCUUCACGGCAGAAGAGUUGGCAUUGGAUGCCAAUGAGCGCAGUGAUUAUCUUGGCAUAGGUCCGACGGAAGAACCAACAGAGACGCUAGGGUUCACCCUCAACGUCAAAGAUGCGACAGCAGAGGGCAAGGUUCCUCGGCCUUCUGGAAGAGGUGUCUUUAUAGCCAAGCCAGAUGACGAACAAAGGGCCAAGAAGUCAUCGGAUACUAUAGACCUAAUCACCUUCCCUGCCGCUCUCUUCCAUAAGCUCUUUGUCAGGACUUCCGAGGAUACGAACGGCAAUCAGGUAUCCAAAGGAGACGUCAAGAUGUUUCGUUUCCUUUCGCAUGUCCGCACAGUAGCCACGGACGGGAUGUUGUCAACUGCUGAGACAGACGGAGAACCAGGGACCUUUGCUCUCAGCAUUUCCCCACGUAUCGCUCCGCAGACUAUUACCACUCCAACUACACUCUACGCACACCUCAUCUCUCUUCAAGGCAUCCAUGGCUGCACUCCGCCUGAUCUGAGCGCAGGUAGCAAGGCUCGAGUGGUCAUGACAAGCCUCUAUUCAUGGUCCUACACUUCACUACCACCAGACGCUUCAAGUGUUAUCCCCACGUUUGAGAAGCUAGGCGAUGAUCUAUCUGUUUUGUAUACCGAUCUCAAGGGGUCAAUCAGGACCGACAAGACAGAAAUGGAAAAGCUGGUCACCAAGCGCUUGGAGGAGGGAUUCACCCUGACGAGAUAUCGAACAGUAACAGGAGAGGUUACGGCUGGCUUACUUCGAGGACCACUUGUUCCCAUCAAAGUGCGACAUCCACGACAGAGUGGCAUGACAUUCCAGACGGACGUUGGUGCCGAUCUGAACAUCUUGGACCCAGACCUUGGCUUGAUGGAUUUGUCAUACUCGUCAGCCUGGCAGGUUGGUCGAACACUCGGUCAGGGAGAUUCCACAUUCGCGUCUGCUCUUGCACGUCUUCGGGGUGACUUGUCCAAAGAGGCUCUCUAUAAAUCCAAGCAAGGAGUCCACAUGACCCUAGGGGCAUCCAGUGAUACCGUCUUGAGCGAGGCGGCCAAAGCCAUCUCAAGGCUGCAAGGAAUGAACGAAAAAUUUGCCUCUCCCUCUUCACCACAAGUCUCAACAAACCGUUGGCGCAGAGGGGAGUCUAGCGAUACGCCCGUUACUCACCAGAGGAUCUCUACCGACCCUGAUUACUUGACGGUUCAGUCAUGGAUUCUCGAUAAGCUCCAUCUAGCUGACAUUCCUGCGCAUUAUCUCAUCACGGAUACAUCCCAAGUACCCCCCGAGACGUUGCGUUUCUUCCACAUUGAUGAGAAUUGGACUGAGGCAUUAAUAGAUGGUGCUCUCAGCCUAGCGAAUCAGUCUACAUCUGAAGAUUACGCUCGGUUAGCUAUCAAAAAGCAGCUCCAGGAUUAUAUCAACAAACCUCUUGAAGGUUUGGGCUACUGUCAACAGAUGCCAAAGUAUGGGUUCAUCAUGCGGUCAGAGAUACUGGUCCAGUUCCCUGACUUGGCCGUAAGUCCCGAGUUCGCCGAAGUGGUCAAUCCAAAUGGUGAAGAGGAUAAGAUCAAACCACGAGCACCUAUCUUGGUACAGCGUCGCCUUUCAUCUGAUAAGAUGCUCGUACUAUUUGAUCGAACACCGCCUAAUCUGGCGGCCCUCGAGUUUACGUUGCCGUCACACCAGCAGUCAUUUAUGAUCGGGUCAGGCUUAGACAGGAACAAUCUCAAGAUAACACAUCUGAAAAUUCACGCAACCAACCCUCAAAACAGCCCGCGGCUGGAACCACCUUCAAGCGUGAGGGAGCGACGCAUGCCCUUGGAUCCGGCACCCCGAUCUUGGAAGGCUAGUGAGUUUGUCGAUAUAGACUCAGGCGUGAUGAAUAUCGAGCAUUACGCAACUGUUAAUCACUCAGUACUGAAGGGCGAGAUGGAGGAACAUAUGUACACUGCACAAGGAGCGACUUCGGCUGUCUUUGGCAUCCAGCUCAAUGAGCCGAGCCACACGCUGAGAAUAGCUAUUCCUUCUGACGGGAAACCGCUGAGCGUUGAAGAUCGCCAUAAUCCGGCAACGGGGGCAUUUGCGUUCCAUGUUCCCGGAUUUCCGGUUGGCGAUUCCGCUCCCAAGACAUAA